CAAGUUUGUGGUGGCUCACCAUUCACCGUCAUAUCAAUUCACUCGGACAGUACGAUUUCAAGGAUGAUUACGACAUUGAUGUUUCCAUGGACUCGAACGUCAGCAAGCCCGUUGAGAUUUUCCUUUUCGUCUUCCUGCUCAUCGUGAUCAUCGUCGGUGUCGUCGGUAACUUUCUUAUCCUCGUCAUCGUUUUCACCCAGAGGAAGAACCGGACGACAUCCAGUUGCUAUGUUGCAAGUCUUGCUUUCGUCGACAUCAUAGUGCUUCUAACGUGUGGGGUUCUCCAUUGUGUAGUCACGACGACAUUCGCUUUCGACCUCGAUAUUGUCGAGAUUCCGCCUUGGAUAUAUCAAUUAUUUCUAUUCAUUCACAUGGUGUCCAAAGGAGUGACCUGUUACACCUUAGUCGCACUGACGAUCGACCGAUAUCUCCAUAUCGUUCAUCCAAUAUUGUCUCGAAGAUAUCGUAGUAUCCGGCAUGCUGUGGUUGUCAGCUUGGCAGUCUGGAUCGGUUCUCUACUCUAUUCCUGUAUCAUCAGUAUAUUGAGAAUCGACGAGCUUUUCGUCUACGCGAUCGUUUUCCUUACCGAGUACGUCUUCCCCCUCAUCGUCAGCGCGACAUUUUACGUCAUCAUCAUCCGCAAAUUCUGGCAACCGGGACCGCACAUUGUUUCAUUACGACGAGGAAGCAACGGGGGAGACGAAAACCGGCGACAGAAAAUCGGCCUGCUCCGAAUGGUCCUUGUCGCCCUGGUCGUCUUCGGGGUCACCGUUGGUGUCCACCACGGCAUGCAGUUUAGCAUCAUCAUCAUCUCGAAUAAUUGCCAAAGGAGCCGCAGCCACGGUGAGAUCAAACUCUUGACGUUUUUAUCACAUACUGCCCUCUUCGUCAACAGCGCGUUGAAUCCAUUUGUGUAUGGACUGACGAAUUCCCUGUACGCCAGUGCUCUGAAAUCGUUGUUGUGUUUCUGGCGUACACAACCAAGGAAGUUGAUGUUCAAGACCGUACCCGAGAUUUAUCGAAAGUUCUCGAAGGCGACGAUUUUCUUGGGGAAAUCAGAGGAGAUGAAUAUGAGUGACUCAAAUGGUAACCAAGGAUACGUGGAGGAGAAAGUGGAUUCUUCAGUUUCAGAAGUUUCUUUGUAAUCUUAAUCCACUUUACCCAUUCUGCAAUUUGUAAAUUCCUCAUCUGUAUAAAACGGAGACUAAGAUAUUUUAUGUUCAUAUUGGGUUUCGAUGUCAAUAUCAACAAAAUGAUAUGUAAUUUUCUUCACAGAAAGUAUUAGGAACCAAAGAUAUAACCUUGUGGUACCCCAAAAUGAAUAGGCUGUAUUAAGGAAUUUGUAGGAUACAAUUAUAUUUGGAGGUAUAUUUAUGAAACUCCGUCUGACUGGCAAUGACAUUUCGUGAUUACAAGAUGUUUUUAGUACUCAGUUUUUCAGUUAGGUCACCAUUCGCCAUAAUCGCAAUAAUUAAUAUUAGUAUCUUUUUUAAAUUCAUUACAGGGCCGUAUGCAGAUAAGUUUUCGAGGGGGGGGGGGCAAGAUGUCAAAAGUGAAAGUUGCUCACGCGUAGCCAGGAUUUCAUUUUGGAGGGGGCGGUAAAUGCACGCGAAGCGUGCCAACACUUACAGAGCGCGCGAAGCGCGCUCCCUAGGGGGUGGGUGCAGGGAGGGGGAGUUUCCCCCUCCCGCGCGAAGCGCGAAGCUUUUGGUGUCUCAUAAAUUAAAAUGAAAAUAGGAGCCGUCUCUCUUGUCUCUAGUACCUAUAUCAGCUCCAAUUCAGUUGACUAUAUUGUGAUUUUGAACCUUGUUUUCGAAAGUGAUUGUAAACGCACAAAAAAGGAAUACAAUGGAGGAAAUUAAAGUAAUAAUAACCCCGCGCGAAGCGCGGAAGCUAAAGCGUUUUAUCAUUUUUUUCAAAGAAAAGGGUUCCAAGAAAAGUGUAUUCUCUAAGAUAUAUUGAAUACUUCCCUUGGAAAGAUCAGAUUUGAUUACAAACAAUUAGCGACAGUGCAUAUCUUUAAUUCGCAAAACAGAGGAGAAGUGUAUAUGCCGGGAGGAAGAUAUUCCUCCCCGCGCAGAGCAAUGAAACUCUGAAAUUUUAAAGGGCGGACGUUUCAUCAAAUGCAGAUAUCUCUAAUACCACAUUGGCUCUAAUUCAAUUGAUUAUCUAAGAUUAUUGAACUUCAUUACAAGGAAAAUAGUGCGCAAAAAGUUGAAACUUCUGUGAUUUAUUGAAAUUAUAUAAAAAAGGAUGCCUAAUUUCUUUGACUUAUCCUGAAGCGCUUCAUUUUGAAUGAUAAAGAAACUUAAUUGUCAUUUAAAAUUUCAAUCUGAGGGCGCAAAACAGGAGAUGAAUGUGCAGGGAAAUGACAUGAAGUUUAAUAGAAUUUGAUAAAAAAAUAUUGUACUUUUUUAUUUAAUACGACACAAAAUUUAUACCUUCCUCUUUUUAAAUUAGGAACCUGUUUGCCCCAAAAUUAUGGUUGUUUAGUGAUGAGAUGAAAAGCGGGAGAAUUUGCCUAUAUGGAGGUGACGGCAGAAAUUGAUAUAAAGAUUUUACCUGCCCGGAGCCGACCCGACCAGAAGUUGCGCGAUAAAUAAAAAAAAAGGUAACUUCAUAUUUCGGCCUAACCUUACUCUAAUUCCAUGCCCUAAUGUAUACAUUUGAACUUUAACUGGCAAGAAACACAUAUAGCUGAGGUGGAAAAACAAGGUUAGAGAAAGGGUGAGGGAAACAAUGGAGAACUGCAAUAUUGUCAUUUAACCGCGCGCAGCGCGGAAGCAAAAAUAGAAAUUUAGAGCAAGAGUGAAGGAGUUUCUCUUUUGAGAAAAAAAUAAAAUAAAAAGAAAAAACCCACAAAGCUACCCUUUUCCCUUUCUUCCCUUCGCUUUUCCUUUUCUCCUAUCUUUUUCUCUUCUUUUUUUUUCUUUUUGGGGACGUUUUUUGGGGGGGGGCGACCGCCCCCACCGCCCCCCCCCUGGCUACGUGCCUGUUAGUGAGCGAAGUGACCGAUCUCAUAGGGUGCUUCUUGCAUUGUCUGAAGUGAAGUUGAAGGAUUUCGCGCACAUUUACUUUUGAUGAAUUUUUUUGAUUUUUUUUUUAAUUACAAAAAUGUAAGUUUUCAAAAUCCCCCCACAGCCUCCCGCCGCGUACGACCAUGAUUGAGUAGUUUAGUUGCUAAGAAUUUCUUUGAUUAUUUUUCCAGAUUGCCAUCAUUAUAUCUUAAUGCCAUUUAUGAUACUUGAAAUAAGGUUCGUUCUUUCUUUCCACGAGAGGCAAUACAGAAGUAAAAGUGGUCCUCAAUUAAGAAUAAUUUUGUAUUGUUUUGUAUUUGGGGUUAUUUAUACAUUUCAAUAAAUAUGACAAUCCACUGCAUCUAGUCCGUCUUUAUUAUUUAUUUUUGUUUAUUCCUCACGGGAGAGAAUUAACUUAAUUGAGAUUAAUUGAAUUGUAAUCAUUUGAUCAUAAUGAUUAUUGCCAUGCUGAGGGCAAUUCAUUUAAUUUGUAGUAAAUCAAAUAAUCUUUUUACAAACAAAUGGGAAAACAGUCGAAUUUUUUGUUAUAAACUUCAUGCUGUGACCUUGAUAUAUUGGUGUGCUAACAUUUAGCAUGUUUAGUUUGUGUAUUAUAGCUUUAUCAACUAGGCAUGUGAUUGUUGUCUACGUGAUGUACCUCUAGAUUUGUUUGGCAGUUUAUCAUGUUUAUAAUGAUUGUAUAAAGACCAACUUCCGAAAAAUGUG